AUGCCACGACGUCAGCAUCAUGGUUUUCUCUACCUCAACCUGCUUUUCAUUGAGCGAGGACGACACGAGACAACGUGGACAGUGUUACGGAAAUUUGGAUAUGAAUCUAAUUUGAAACUUGGAGAGGACUAUCUUUAUCCAAGAAUCCAGGUCCCAGUUGGCUGCUCCACCGAACUGUCACCUGAGGGGAUUCAGUUUCUCUCUGCUUUGUUCGAAAAGCAUGACGAGGACAAAGAUCAGUGUUUGUCACCUUGCGAACUUGCUAAUCUCUUCAGUGUCUGUCCAACUGCAGCCCUCAGCAGAGAGAUACUGUCGGCUGUUGAGACUAAUCCUCGCGGGUGGAUCACUUAUGCUGGGUAUAUGGCGUAUUGGAACAUGACCACGUUGAUUAAUGUUUCGCAAACGAUGGAGCAGUUGGCGUACUUGGGAUUUGCUGUUGGUCGUAGCACUCAGACUCGUGCUGGAUCUUCCUUGGAUGCUAUCAAGAUCACACGUGAGCGCAAGAUUGACCUCACUGAGCGUGGUACGACGCGACGGGUGUUUCAAUGUCUAGUUGUUGGGGCAAAGGAUACUGGAAAGAGUGUCUUCAUGCAGUCAUUAGUUGGUCGCGGAUUGCUGGAUGCAAUGCACACAGGUCGAAGGCAUUAUCCGUAUGUAAUCAAUCGAGUUAAGGUAAAAGAGGAGAGCAAGUAUUUGCUGCUACGAGAGGUCGAUGUGCUCUCUCCACAAGAUGUGCUAAGUGGCGCAGAGACGACUGCCGAUGUGGUAGCAUUCCUCUAUGACAUCAGUAAUCCUGAAUCUUUCUUCGUUUUCACGAGAACACCAUGUGUCAUCAUAGCGACAAAGGUGGAACGCGAGGAAGUAGAGCAGCGAUGGGAGGUGUCGCCAGAGGAAUUCUGUAGACAAUUCGAACUACCACGUCCUAUCAAAUUCACAAAUAGCCAGGUAUGUGGAACUCCUAUCAGCGAAUGA